AAGAAAUAACUUUGUAUUUAUCUUAAAAUUUUACCCCCCAAAAAAUUAACAGGAUUUUUUUUUUACUAUUUCAGUACUAGAGAGAAGACAUUUGCAUUACCAAAUGAAAUAUUGCUUCUUUGGAUAGUAAGUGGUAUGAAAGCGUGCACUUUAUUCCUUAUAAAUUCAACUUUUCAUUCAUAACACGGAGAAUAUAUUAUUUUUUCCUUUAAAAGUUACGUAAUAUCACUAUAAGAUAGAAAAAUAUGAGAGAAGUCAGAAAACUGCAAUUUAAAUCGUUGAUUAAACGCCUCUGUGUGCCUCUGGUUUUGACAUGCUCUUUUAGUUAAAUGGACAGGGCUGAGAGCUCUCUUAUUGAGUUAGUCAAAUGAAGUCAUUCUGACAUCACGGGGCAGGUGACAGCUGAAGGAGAAGAUCUCCCAGAAGGACCAAAGGCGUACAGGACGGAGGGAAGGCAGAGCAUCAGUUUGAAACACCAACCUCAACAGAACAGCGACCAUGGGCCAGAAGCUGGAGAAGCUGUCGGAGAAGGAUGAAGAGUCACUGGAUAAUUCAGAUUGGUCCGAGCAAACCGGAGAGACACAACAGUCAGAGAUUGCCGGACAAGAUGAGAACAGAGAUCAGGACAGUGGCAGUUUUGUGAAUACGCAGAGUAUUUGUGGGAUUAGCGGGAUCGGUGUCUCUUCCCGCCUGGCCACAGGGCACACAGGGGAGCACUCAGUCACUUCUGCAUGCACAGACCCCCAAACUGGGCAGCCAAUCAGGCCUCUAGGUCAGCAAGAGCACCCUUUGAACACCAGGGGAGAGUGGGUGGGUGGAGACAGGGAGAGCCAGAGUGCCACUCGAACUACAGAGUCAAAAACUAUCCUGAGCCCAAAGGAGUUCAGACAAACCUCAGGCUCUGAGAAAAAGGCUGUGGCCUAUACAAGGACUACAGCUAUGGAGGAGCAAGGAAAUGGAAAGAAAUCUGAAGCUGGCCGUAGCUGGUCAGGUCCUGAUAGUCAUUUCAGAAGUCUAACAGCCUCUAACGAGGAAGACUUUGUGGUGCUUGAGAAGGAUGAGACUUGGAUGUCAUCUGAUGGGGAAAAUUCGAUCACUUUUGGCAACAGAAUAAAAACAGAGAAUCCUCAAUCAUCUAUUAAAAGGAGAGUUGAGGAAGACACUUCUACUACCUACAGUGACGAUAACCUUCCACAACCCUCCAGGAACACCCUUCAAGAAAAGGGUUAUGAGAAGAAAAGCAGAAGAAAACCGGAUACUCAUUUUGUUACAACUGACGCUGUGGAAGCACAUGCUGGGAGUUCAUCCAGAGCUAGUUUUGAAAGGGAAAAGGGUCAACAUUUGCCUGAAGUGACAGGCAGCAGGUGUCGGCUAAAAGGAGCCAGUCAUGUUGAAGCUGCUCACGCUGAGACAACUGGUAGAGGAAAAGUGGAUAGGGAGCGAAACAUGAAUGACCACAGCAAGGGGCAAGUUUCUCAUCGGUCAACACAGAACAACAGCAGCGUGGUGAAAAGAAUGAGAAAGGGUGGUGAUGAUUCAGAGAACAUGCUUGAUGAAGCAGUCCAGAUGAUUAAACCACAGGAGCUGGGUGAGGAGAGAGAGAUGGAGUCAAAUUGGGAACCAUGCUUGCAAAAAGUAGAAUCUAAAAAUCGAGAUAUGAGAAACCCCAAUUCAGGGUUUCUUGCACAAAAUACCCAAGUAGGAGUGGAUCAGUCCCAUCAGAGAAGUUUUGCUAGUGCUGUCUCUAAGAGGGCUAAAGCAGGUACUCUUAGUUCAGGUACCAUGAAAGAGGGUGGCCAAGCGCUCGAUCGAGCAGCCGACUCUCACCCUUCGAAUGCUAAGACGCCUAGCUCUGAAGUACCACAACUGCAAGACAAGCCUUCAUUUACAUUGGAACAAUGCGAUUUGAUUCCUCUGCCAGGAAAUGACGUCUGUGAUGGACAGUUGCAAGUCGCAAGCUUAAAGAGGGAGAGUGAGCUGGUUUGCUUCUCGGCUGUCAUCACACCUCCACCUCUAACUCAUGUGUUACCUAAAAGAGACACAUCAGUAGCAACGCAACCCAGUACAAGUACAGUCAAUUCAGAGAUGGUGCCAGAGGCUACGCCCGCCUCAUGUGUUCCUGCAGAGGAAUCUAUUCCAAAAGAAAAACCUAAAGUCAAAGGUCCACCUCCACCUGUCGCCAAAAAACCUAAAAACCCAUUUAUAAAGCUCAAAACUAGGCAAUUAAUGUCUACUGAUGUGCAAAGAAGAGGCAAAGAUCAUCUGCGUUCUGAGGAGAAGGUCAAGAGGAGACACACUUUUCAUUUUAACAAAGACCUUCCAUACAACGCUCGGCCUAAUCAGGACAUGUGCUUGCUGUGGGACGAAAGGGGCACUUACACCGUUCCACCCAACAUACGUCGACUGUCAGUUGACCUUGGCCCUUGGGAACACCUGUCACUCAGACACAUGGACGAUCACUACGGAGAUAUGGUCGACUUUGACUAUUGUGUACGUAUGGCAAAACUAUCUCCAGAUGAAGAGCCAACAAACCUGGACAUGUUGCAGAGAAGAACAUUCCUGGAGAGACGAUCUAGGUUUAAAAACUCACCUCCGCCUGUUGCGAAAAAGCCCCCAAAUUCUUUUUCGUCCACAGAGACACUUCACACAUCCGAGGUUAAACCAGACAAUGAAAUGCAAAGACCAAAACCUGAUUCUUCAGGGAAAAGAGAAAUCAACCCUGAGCUCCUAAAAGUCAGAUCACAGGUCUGCAAUGAAGACCAUGGCAACUAUGGUAACCAUAAAGCAGUAACUGACCAUAGGAGUAAUAGACAUGGAGUAGAUGACAGUGAGAUCAGUUCCUUCAGGCCUGUAGCUGAAAUCAUCAAGGAAACAAACCAAAUGCAGAGACAUCAGGGCCGGGUAAAACCUGAAGGGCCCAAAGCUCAGGUUCGGGUGGCAGAGCAGAGUCCAAGUGUGAAAGUAUCCCAGAUGAAGAACACCUUUGAUGUCCCAAAGAAAUCCAAAGAGAGACCACAAGAAGCUCAGCCAUCUCCAAAGAAAGGUAUGUUGUUUGGCUUAUAGAUGCUUGAACACAUCAGUUCUGUCUUUUUUUUAUCAUCCAACAGUUUGUCAAAGCAUUCAUUCAUGAAUAAGUACAUGUGUUAAUUUAGGAUUCGAAGGUACUUUCCAAAGCU